UAUAAUGUUCUUGUUUUGCAUUUCAGAUUCAGAAGAAUACGACUCCAAUGUACAGGGCCCCUGAAAUGGUAGACCUUUACAGUAAUCAUCCAAUUACAACAAAGGCUGAUGUUUGGGCCUUAGGCUGUAUUUUGUAUUACCUUUGCUAUAUGGAGCAUCCCUUUGCUGAUUCUGCCAAACUAAAAAUUCUUAAUGCCAAGUAUACUAUCCCAGAAGACCCCAGAAAAGUCUCAGAUCUCCAGCCACUUAUUGAUAUGAUGUUACAAACCAAUCCAGAGGAAAGACCAUCCGUUGAUGACAUCAUUUUUCAACUAGAGUCAGUUGCUGAAUCACUUGGAAUCAAUUUAAAUUCACCUGUUUUGGCCGUUGGAGAAACUGGCGGCGAUAGCAAUGCAGGCACUUCAGUUGGCAAUGCAAUCGUAUCCAGUGGCAACACCGUUGGGGGCAGUGCAAUCUUUGGAAAUGUUGUAAAAGGGGCUGGAUUUUUGUUUAACAAUAUCAAAGAUGUUUCAUCAAAAGUUGUCCAAUCAGUUGCCGGAUAUGUUAGGAAUGAUUUAGAUAUCUCAUAUGUAACCCAGAAGAUAAUCGUGAUGUCCUUCCCCGCUGAAGGCAUAGAAUCAACUUACAAAAAUUCGAUUGAUGACGUCAGGAUAUUAUUGGAUUCCAAAUACCCUGAUCAUUAUGUUGUCAUCAAUAUUUCACAGCGGCAGUACAAUGUCAGUAAGCUGAAUGACCGGGUCUUCGAGAGUGGCUGGAAUCCUAGAAAAGCUCCUUCCCUUAGCCAACUCGUUUCACUUUGCAGGAAAGUUUAUAAUUUCCUGAAACAAGACCAAAACAAUAUUGUCGCUGUUCACUGUUUGGAUGGCCGAGUGUCGUCAGCGUUGCUAGUGGCAACUUUGUUGGUUUUCUGCAAACUGUUUAAAAAGCCGUCGAUGGCGCUUGAUAUGUUUUCCCUGCGGAGGUGCCAACCUGGUCAAAGAAUCGAUCUGAUUCCUUCACAAAAAAGGUACCUGAAUUACGUCAAUCGUCUUGUUUGGGAGCCGCAGUUUGUUCCCCACAAAAGACCAUUGUUUCUAAAAACCGUUACAUUGAGCCCUGUUCCUAUGUUCAAUAAAGCCAGAACUGGUUGCCGGCCGUUUAUAGAAGUUUAUCAAGGGGAGCGGAGAAUCUUGUCGACUUCAUCGGAUAUCGAGCAAAUGAGGGAAUACACUCUGUCUGAUCGAAGGAUUGAUUUCCAUGUGAACACAAAAUUGCAUGGUGACGUCACAGUUGCAAUAUUCCACGCACGAUCCACGUUAGGCGGGAAGGUUCAAGGCAAAUUCACUUCAUUUAAUAUAGUGAACCUUCAGUUUCACACCGGGUUUAUCGAGGAAGGAAGUACGACUAUCGAGUUUUCACGGAAUGAGUUGGACUUGAUUGAUCCAGAUGACCAGAAAUACCCCUCUACUUUCGCUGUUGCAUUAGAUGUCGUGCUGGGCGCCGAAUCACCCUCUCUACAGAACUACACCGAACCAUGGGAUAAGCUGUCUCUUGAUAAACUGUCCCCACAGCCAUGUUUUGCCAGCAAAGAGGAGUAUUGGGAGUGCAGGGAAGAAUUCGGUCUGAGUGAAGAAUUAUCAGAGGUUGAAAAGGAAGAGUUGCAUCUUGGGAAGGCAAACACUGAUUCGGAUACCGAGAAGAAAUUUGGACGAUCAACUUUCUUUGACAACUUGGAGUGGGGUGGUUCUGAUCCAUCUGGGCAAGGUCCUCAAAAUGGAAGAAUGUCCAAUACAACACCUGCUUCAAACAGUGGCUCAUCUUCGCUGGAGUCAGAUGACAGGGAAACUCUUGGUCGCGAUGCCGAGUUCCUGGCACCAAAGUCAAAUGGAAACGAGACGGCGACAGCAGUUAAUUCUGUUCCUCUCAUUGAUAUCGGGUUUGAUUCUGAGCCAAUAGAUAAUUCGUAUCAAAAAGAGGCUAAGCUUGAACAAAAUGCCAAGACAACUGACUUAUUUUCGGACUCCUUUGCGGACGAUUUUGCAAAUCUGAGAGCAACCUCGGAUAAAAGUGACCGGACAAAUAGUGAAACAAAACAAAGUAUUUUUAACGAUGAUUUUAGCGCCUUAAACGUAGAGACAAAUCUUGACUCGAUUUAUAGUAACAGCACCCAAGUGCCGUCUUCGAAAGAUCUCCAAAGCCAACACCUUGUCAAGGAACACAGUGCUCCACUUUUGGUUAAUGUAGAAUCUGGCUCAGCUGCUGACAGGAAUGUGCCCAGAAGCCCAAGCACACCAAACCUGCCUUCAUCUGGUUGGGCAGGCACACUCAUCGAUACAUCUGAACCGACUAACGAUUCUCCAACAAGUCCUGGAGUAAAGAAAAAUAAGAGUGUAAGUUCCCUACUGGAAACGCAUUCUGAUGAUGAUUUUUUUCAUGCGUUUCACGACCGAGGCAAUGCAGCAGCUCCUGCGACCAAAGAGCCGGAAGAUUUGUUCUCCAUGCGAUCAAGCACUGUUAUCGACCCAUUUCAGGCCACGACCAAGGAAGAACCAUUCGCUGCUUUUGACCAUCUGUCCACAUUUCCAGGUACCAGUCCCAUAAAACAUAGCAGCAGUGAUGGGAAUUUGUUAGGCGACUGGGGGCAUUCCCACACGGAGCCUACAAAACCAUCAUCGAUGACGAUGAAUUUAAAUGGAAAUCUGCAUCGUUCGGUAUCUUCAAGUGCGAAUAUUGGCAAAGCAACAACAAAAAGUGAUGACCCUUUCGCUGAUUUUGUCAGUUUGUCUGGGGGAAACUUUAAAAAUGAUAAUUCCAAAAAGUCAUUUGGAUCGAAUCAACAGCAAGGCUCUGGUUCAAAUUUUGGCUUAAGUGGCUCAUUCAGUGAUGUUCGCAAACCUUCUGCCCAACCGUUUGAGGCAGCUCAACAGACGACCGCACCCAAGCGCCCCACUCCAACACAGUCCGCCCCCAAUUACUUUGUUGGUAGCUCUGUUCCUGGGAAAAGCGUUUUUGGGAAUCAGCAAGGUGGAAAAGGGGGCCUUGGGGGUGGCUGGGGACAAAGACCGCCUUCAAAGAAUGAAUUUAGUGAUAUUUUAGGCGCUCAUGGGUUCAAGCCUUCCAGCGAGGCACAGAAGGAAACUCUAAAGCAAUUGAAAAAGCAAGUUGUUGUGAAGGAGGAUGACCCUGUUAAAGCUAAGGUCCGGGAAUGGGCUGACGGCAAAGAGCGCAACAUUCGAGCAUUGCUUUGCUCUUUAGACACUGUUCUGUGGGAAGGUGAAACAAAAUGGAAGCAAAUAGGAAUGCAUCAGUUACUGCAGCCGAGCGACGUAAAGAAAUUUUACAGGAAAGCAUGUUUGUCAGUCCAUCCCGACAAGCUUACGGGCACCCCGGAGGAGCACCUGGCAAGAGCAAUUUUCGUAGAACUAAACGAGGCUUGGACUCUUUUUGAACAGUCGGGUGCCAAAGCACUUUUUUGAUUAUCUGCAACAACUUUUCGCGAAUCCCUUGAAAUUUAGCAUAAAUUCUGUAAAUUUUUGAAAUACGUUUUCAAAUUUUUGUUAAAUUAAAGAUGAAAUUUAGAUUAGAGGGAAACUAGGGCAGCUCGGGUCUUUGUUGGUAGACCAUUAUCGAAGGGGAAGCUAUAUUAAUCUAGAUGCUCACGAUUAUUAAACCUUUUCAUAGCUAUAAAGCUAUUCGCUUAUUGCUGUCGAUCUAGAUUAAUCUAGGCGUUCAAGAUUAAUCAACAUUAUCAAAAUUGUUUCCUUUCUAUAGCAAGAUAGUGUUUCAUUUUUUCGUUUUUUUGUUUGGUACCCCCUUAUGAAGCAGGUUUUCAAAGAGGGGUGGAAAACUGAAUUUUUUGUCGCCAAUUUGUAAUGCCAAACGCUGCCUUUAGUUUCAUCUUCUUUUGAUUUAUGAGUUGUCAAUCAUUUAAUGAUGUAUGAUAGUUCAUUUUUAUAUAUUCAGAGCAAGUUGCAUUAUUCAUUCUAGGUUAAUUGUCUCAAACUGCCAGUUACAUUUCCCCUCUGGCACAAUGCACACAUUGCUGUUUUUGUGCCAUAAUGCUGACUCUGUUUUUAGCUUUAUGUUCGAUCUCCUGUCGCAACUUUUCAGUAUCCAAAACUUAUGACAUGCUCUAGGCCCACCAAAGUGUUGUGUUUUCCACGAAAUCAUGUUAUUCUCUUGGUAUGCAGCAGGCAGGCAGUUCCAAGUACUGAGAACAAACGGAAGGAAAGAGAAAUUUCUAUUAAUUUUAAAACCCUGUGUUAUAAUAGGUAGUUGUUUUAUGUCUGUCUGUUUUGCAUUAUUUUUCAUCGCUGACCAGACAGGGUUUAUAGCUCUUUUGCCUGAACGGGCGACGAAUGCUCUUCGGAUCUUUUCCUUCUAAUAUGUGAAUCAGAUACGUGAUCUCUUUUAUGAUAAAUCUGUGUAUGUUUUUCUCCAACUUUUUUAUUGCAAGAAGUGAAAAUUGUAAUGGUUAAGCUGUGUCAGACAUAAAGGCAAAUAGAGUUAAGCUGCUUGAAUCACCAUAAUAACCAAAUAACAGCUUAAGGUCGCAAAAUAAAUAGUAAAUAUCUCGGUAUUUGGCCACUCAUUUCGAGAUCUGGGAAUCCAUCAUUAUUUUUUGGCUCCAACGUUUCAGAGUUUCUAUACGACCUAAAGCCAGCAUAAUCACGGUGUCAAAUGCCCAUAUUUCUGUAUAGAAAGAUGUGAUAGUCAUUAGCAAUAUUAGCUAUUCAGCAGUAUUACAAUAUUAAUAUUAUUCCAUAGAUAUUUUCAUGCUUCAUUGCUGGGUAUUUUUGUUAUUCCAUCUCAUUUCUUAAUAUUAAGCACUUUUCUUAAAAUUAUUAAUCAAUGUAUGUUAUUUGGA